CUGGUUGACAAUGGUGCUGAUAUAUAUGCAAAGCAGCAAUACAGCGACAAUGGAAAUACUAGAUUUGGAAGAGGGAGGACCGUAGCUGAGAAUGUCACUGCUCUUCACCUUGAUAGCUGGUAUUAGAAUGUGGAAGGAAUUCAAGCGCUGCUCGAUCAAUGCGACAGAGACAGCGACGUCGACAACGAUACUGCAAAUGUGGUAUCGUCGCGCGAUAGCAACGGGCGCCUUCCACUGCACUGGGCUGCCGCAGUGCACAAUCUGUGCGUUGCAACAUGCUCUCUGAAGAAGAAAUUUCUUCCCAUAUAACCAAAAGACUCAACAUCCUCCUCACCAGAAACCCCAACACCAUAGACACCCAAGACAAGGAGGGAUCGACAGCCCUGCACUACGCGACAGGAAGCCACGCCGGAUGCGGAAACAGCGACUCCCACCUCACCACAAAAUUCCCAUGCGAAAACGGGGGAACGCGCGGCUAGAAAACAACAAUGGACAGAUUGCGUUACACAUACUAGCUUCGCGCUCUGUGGACGGCGAGCUGAUUAACACUGCCAUGCUGGACGGGCUGGUCGCCAUGGUGCUAGCAUAGACCACGCCGACGCGGAUGGCAACACCGCUCUUCACAUUCUGGCGAGGAACUUGGGACAGGUGAAUGCGGCGAAGUUUCUGGUUAGUUAGUCGAGGGUCGGAUGUGAGUGCCCGAAUAACAAGGGGAAUACACCGCUACAUGAAGCGAUGGUCGGGAUGAUGCGGUCGCGGCAGACCCGAGAAGGGAAAAUUGAGGAUGUGACAAUGGGUGAUCGGAUUAAAGCGCAGGAUGCGAUGAUUGGUGUGCUGCAGGCAGGAGAAAAAGAGAGUUUG